AAUAGUAAAGGAAAGGGAAAUUAGAUGUCUCACCAAAAAACGAGAAAAAGGAAGAGGAAUUACUAGCGAUCUGGGGCAAAUUGCCUUUUGGGGGUUCCAGGCACCAAAACUUUCAUCUGAAUCGAUGCCCCCAGAUCCGGCAAUCCUCUCGUCCACUUCGGUUAAUUCUCCCUCCUUUCUUCGAGUUAGUUUCUUUCCUUCCUUUGUCAAUCCACCGAGAGGAUCAAGCGGGAAAAAAACAAUAACUACCUACUCUUCCUCUCUUCUCCUUCCUGACUUUACCUUAUGAACGUCCGGUUGGCUGAGCUCGCCGGAGAUCGAUCCAACCCUCGGCUGCCCGUGGCACUUGUUGCGAUGGGGUCCGUUGAUGAUAAUGAGCUUGCUGGUAUAGAAGAUAUGGGCAAUGGGGAGGAUGACAGUGAUGAAGUUGUGUUGAAUGAUGCGGAACCUUCAUCAGGAAGUCAGACUGGGAGAAAGUGUUGCAGAAAUAGUGAUCUUGAAGCUCACAUGUCAUUUGCUAUGCUGGACGCAAGAAUGUACAAGACUGCAAACUGCAUUAUCAUAACUUGUUUGCCCACUCUCGCUGUUUUCUUACCACGUAGAACAUUCUGCUGCAGGUCUGUGAUCAGUCUGUUGUUUCUAGGUUGCCUUGCUGAUUCGGGUCAGUCCUGUCCCAAAACUAGCUCCUUUAUUGGGUUUGAAUCCCAAUUCACCAUGGUGCAGCACCAGCUUCGUGGAGUGAUGACCAUAGUUGACGACUGCUCGUUCAGGGUUUCUGAAUUCGACAUGUUAUCAGGCCUGGAUGUUCAUUGGUGGGGAGCCAGUGCUGCUGAUUUUGUCAACCUCACCAAGGGCUUUGUGGUCUCCAAUCAGAAGCUUAACGAGACAUAUAAAAAUGCAUCUUUUGUUGUUAAAUUGAGCAAAAAUGUCACUUGGGAGAAGAUCCAAGUCCUUUCGGUGUGGGACAUUCCCACAGCCUCUGAUUUUGGACACAUUAUUCUGAAGAAUGAGUCCGCUCUAGCCUCCACAUUAAACCCUGUAUUCCCUACAAUGCCAUCUGAGAACAAUUCUAGUCAAGUUAAAGAGAAAGGUUGGAUCUUCACUACGCCAACAAUGUUUGAUAACUGCAAGGUACUGACUAAAGACUAUCGAGUAAGGUGGAGUCUGAGUGCCAAUAAGAAUUUCAUCGACAUAGGAUUGGAAUCAGCUAUGGGUAUUCAGAAUUAUAUGGCAUUUGGAUGGGCCAAUCAUAAGUCCAAUUCAGAAUUAAUGAUUGGUGCUGAUGUAGCUGUGGCUGGGUUCACUGAGGAAGGAUGGCCAUUUGCUGAUGAUUUUUUCAUUACAAAGUAUGGUGAAUGUACUGUAAACGAGGAUGGUUCAGCUGAUGGAGUUUGCCCUGAUACCAUAUUCGCAGGAUCAGACCCAGUCGGUUUGGUGAACAACACCCAGACCAUCUAUGGCCACAGGAAGGAUGGUGUGUCCUUUGUUAGGUACAGGAGGCCUUUGAUUCCUAUAGAUAAGAAGUAUGAUUUGCCCGUGAAUUACACACAAAAGAUGAUCGUGAUCUGGGCUAUAGGUCUGAUGAGGCCGCCAGAUUCGUUUAGACCUUAUUACCUUCCUCAGAAUCAUGGAGGUCCAGAGGAUGUAACUUUCGGGCAUCUACUGCUUAAUGUAUCAGAGAAAGUGAAUGAUUGUGUUGGGCCAUUGGAUGCUGCAGACAAGGAAGAUCAGGAUUUGAUAAUUGCAGAUGGAAACGUGCCUCUUGUUGUUACUUCUGGGCCUGCACUACACUAUCCUAAUCCGCCCAACCCAGCAAAGGUAUUUUACAUUAAUAAUAAGGAAGCUCCCGUUUUAAGAGUUGAGAGAGGUGUACCUGUAACUUUCUCUAUGGAAGCGGGACACGAUGUUGCAUUGUAUAUAACUUCAGACUUGCUUGGCGGGAAUGCCACUUUGAGAAACACCACUGAAACCAUCUAUGCAGGAGGGCCUGAAGCCGAGGGUGUUCCAGCUGAUCCAAUGGACUUAGUUUGGGCGCCAGAUAGGAAUACACCUGAUCAAGUAUACUAUCAAUCAUUGUAUCAGCAGAAAAUGGGAUGGAGGGUUCAGGUUGUUGAUGGGGGUCUAUCUGAUAUGUACAACAACAGUGUUUUCCUAGAUGAUCAGCAAGUAACCUUCUUUUGGACAAUGUCCGAUGAAACCAUAUCGAUUGCAGCUCGAGGAGAGAAAAAAAGUGGUUAUGUUGCAAUAGGGUUUGGUGAUGGGAUGGUGAACAGCUUUGCUUAUGUUGGCUGGGUUGAUGAUGAAGGAAAAGGGCAUGUAAAAACAUAUUGGAUUGAUGGAAAGGAAGUGAUGAGUGUGCAUGCUACGAAUGAGAAUUUGACUCAUGUUAGGUGCAAAUCUGAGAACGGGGUCAUUACCUUAGAGUUCACAAGGCCCUUGAACCCCACUUGUGUUGGCCAGGUAGAGUGCAACAACAUUAUCGAUCCCACUAGUCCUCUUAAGGUUGUGUGGGCACUGGGUGCUAGUUGGUCAGAUGAGCAUCUGAGUGAGGAGAACAUGCAUUCAGCAACAAGUCAAAGGCCCAUGCGUGUUUUACUCAUGGGUGGAUCAACAGAAGCAGAGCAAGAUAUUCGACCGGUGUUGGCUGUGCAUGGAUUCAUGAUGUUCCUUGCUUGGGGUAUUUUACUCCCUGGUGGUAUUCUUGCAGCUAGAUACUUGAAGCAGGUUAAGGGUGAUGGUUGGUACCGGAUUCAUGUCUACUUGCAGUACUCAGGCUUGGCCAUUGUCUUGCUCGGCUUUCUUUUUGCAGUAGCUGAACUUCACGGCCUGUAUGUGAGUUCAUUGCACGUUAAGGUUGGGCUAACUGCUAUAUCUUUGGCAUGCGCCCAACCGGUGAAUGCUUUCAUGAGGCCCAAAAGACCUGGUAAUGGAGAAGUUACCAGGAAAAGGCUUAUGUGGGAAUACUUCCAUGCUAUAGUUGGAAGGUCUGCCAUCAUCUUCGGGAUCAUUGCGGUGUUCACAGGGAUGCAACAUUUGGGAGAUAGAUAUGGAGGGGAAAACGUUGGUGGUUACAUUUGGGCAAUGAUAGCUUGGUUCCUGAUUGGAGGGUUGCUGUUAUUGUAUCUUGAAUAUAGAGCCAGGAAGAGAACAAGGGACAGAUUAUACGCGGGAAGAAGUAACUGGGUGCUGGGUCAUGUUCAAGAAGAUGAUUCUAUUGAUCUCCUGAACCCAACUAGGGCUUCUGCCAAAACAGGGUUGCAAGAUUCUGGAAGAAUGGAAGUCCAGUUAGAGCCUUUGAAUAGAUAA